CCAGCCUGGUUGUUGUUUGCGGCGCGCGCGUUCGGUGUUCUCGAGACGGGCGCGCGCUCAGCGAGGAAUCACCGCACGCGCGCGGGAUCAGUCACGAACCAGCAAACCCGUCAGGCCGGAAGUGCGCCGCACGUGCGUUCGGGUUCUGCUCGGAGAUUCACACAGAAGGAGAGAGAGAGAGAGAGGUGUGUGUGUGUGUGUGUGUGUGAAGAGAGAGAAAGCGUGGACAUCGGGAGGGAUCCUCAUCACACACACACACUCACGCGCAGCAGCAGCAGGAGUCACCCGACUGUCUCUCCAUGCAGUGAUCAGAGUUGGUUAGGAUGGAGGAGCAGAAUGAAGGAGUUCAGGUCGGGGAGAACAAAUACAUCAGCAAGAGCAGCGUCCUUGCCCACCUGAAGACCUACAACCUCUAUUAUGAGGGACAAAACCUGCAGCUGAGACACAGAGAGGAAGAAGGUGAGCUGAUUGUCGAGGGUCUCCUGAACAUCUCUUGGGGUUUGCGGCGUCCAAUCAGAUUGCAGAUGCAGGAUGACAACGAGCGAAUCAAACCGCCUCCCUCGUCUACAUCCUGGCACUCCGGCUGUAACCUGGGCAACCAGAGCGCCGAGGCUCAGAAACAAGCCCCGCCCUGCGUGGAGGUGACCUCGCCCGAGAGCCAAUCAGAAAACAGCACCUCGGAUGACAUACAUGCGGAGGAAGAAGACGCCUGCUCUCAGCUCCUGAGGACCAAAAGUGAUGCAGGAGUCCUGAGGCGGGGUAACAGGCGGUCUCCUAGCGACCAGCGGCGAAUCAGAAGGCACCGUUUCUCCAUUAACGGCCACUUUUACAACCACAAGACGGCGGUGUUCACUCCUGCGUACGGCUCCAUCACUAACGUUCGGAUAAACAGCUGCAUGACGACGCCGCAGGUGCUGCGUGUUUUACUCAACAAGUUUAAGAUCGAGAACAGUCCAGAUGAUUUUGCGCUCUACAUCGUCCACGCCAGUGGAGAGCGAGCUAAACUGAAGCCCACAGAUCACCCACUAGUGCUGAGGAUCCUCCAGGGUCCAUGUGAGCAGGUCUGCAGGAUCUUCCUCAUGGAGCAGGACCUCGGGGAGGAGGUCACGUAUGAUGUGGCGCAGUACAUCAAAUUUGAGAUGCCUGUGCUUCAGAGCUUCAUCAUCAAACUAGAAGAAGAGGAAGACCGAGAGGUGCAGAAGCUCAAACGCAGAUAUAAGUAUCUGCGCCUUAUCAUUGAGAAGCAGCUGCAGUGUUUACCUGACGGUUCCACCUCCAUGUGAAGACGCUCCUGCACCUCUGACACUCAUCCCUCCCUCAGUCCAUCCUCACGCUCCUCAUGUGCUCUUCACGUCCUGUCAGAGGAGCCUGAGAUCAGCCCGUCUUCUCCACACGUCUGAUAGUUUGCUGUAGUCCGUCCUCACUUGGCUCACCUCAAGAGCCAGGAUUUUUAAAUUAUACGGAGUGAUAACGGUACUCGUUAGCUUAACGACUGUGUGAAACGUUUAGCCACACAGGAUGGUCCGGAUUGUGCUCGGCAUUACGACUGACCAGGAAGCGUUCAGGAUUUUAUAAUUAUUAUUAGUAUUUUUUUUAGAAGAUUCAGGGUUUUAAGACUGAUAAGAUUGUCGUCAGUUUGUUUGCGAAACUGUUUCUGGAAACACACCCUAACACACUCUCAUCUGCGUCCCAUUGCAAACUCUUGCAACUUGCGUAUAUUAUCUCCGACAUGUUAUCACCUGCGGACACAUUUACUAAAUAGCUAACUUGCCAAUUAGCCGUAUUCCUGCAGCUCUAUUGUGUUGUAAUGCACAAGGCUAAGCAGCUAGCUGGCUAAAAUUAAAACAUACGAACGUGUGAGUGAUUUGAUUUACUUUCAUUUGUAAGGACAAAAGUCGACCCAACAAAUAAGCAGCUCAGGAACAUUACAUUUUUACUCUGAGUGAAAAAAAGAGGUGCAUCAGAAAGUGAUGCAUUUCUAAAAAUUGUUUUACUUUUUUUUUUACUUUUAUUAGUUUGGUAGCUCGCAAAUAAAUGAUGUUAUAAACUUAUAUAUUUUUCAUUAACAUUCCAUGAAAUCAGAUUAAACAGAUUCCUCUGACGUAUUUCUUUUGUUCUUGCUUUUUGCCGCUCAAAGCUGAUGAACGCCUGCAGUGAUUUCUGGGUAAUUGAGUUCUCGAGUUCCACAAACUGACGUCAUCUAAUAAAUUAAAAGAAACGUCCCAUGAUCGGAAUAUCAUGUGACACAGAUGGACUCGGCCCUGGACCGACGGGAACCGACGAGAGUGUGUGUACGUGUGUGUGUUUCUGGAAAACGGUAUAGGGAUGAAGCACAUGCUGUCGCCCCCUAGAGGCAGAAAAAGAAAAAGCACAUUUGCGCCAUUGAGUCAGUUCUUUUUUUAAUGUAAGAAGCUUUUAUUAUAAGCACAAUAUAGCACACACACACACACAUACACACCUUUUAGGAAAUAGUCAUCAGUCUCAGCCUAACGUGUGAUGUGUUGUAAAGCUGGACAUGUACAACUAAACUAACUAAAGCACAAGUUGGUGAAGAGUGUGUGUGUGUGCGUGAAGAGUGUAAAUUGUCCAUAAACUGAGUUGGAAAUGCUGCCUGGCUGUGUGUGUGCAUGCUUUUACAGAGAAUGAAUUUGUAAUUUUUUUUUUUUACGCUGAAUUCUCCUCCUUCUUUUAUGUUUUCUGGAUGCUUAUAGAAAUAUCGCUCCAGCAUGCCGAUAGUUUUGUUUUAAAGAUAUGAAGCAGAUACAGUAUGAUAGAAUGCAGACAGAAUUAAACAAAAGUGUAAAA